AUGGUAUCUUGGCCACAUCUCGGCGGUCUUGCCUUCGCCCUCUCUCAUCUUGUAGAUUCAGCAUUAGGCGAUGAACACAAGUCCAACUACACGGCGCCCUGGGAAACUCUUCCUCCAACUCCACAAUUGCCAGAACCAAACUUCAAUGGGACUGUUCCCAUCAACGGUAUUGACCUUUGGUACGCGACAUUCGGCGCUUCACUUGAAUGUAGUAAACUUAAAGGCCUCUUCCCUGUGGUUUUUCUUCAUGGUGGUUAUGCCAACAGCGAUUACUACGCCCAUCAGAUCCGACAUCUGCGAGACGGUCCGUACACAUUGAUCGCAAUAGACUCUCGCAGCCAAGGCCGAUCUGGAGAUGAUCCUAGCAAGCCAUUGGCUUAUGAUCAAAUGACUGAGGAUGUGGUCGCCCUGAUGGAUCAUCUGGAAAUUGAAAGGUUCUCGACAGUUGGAUGGUCUGAUGGAGGCAUCAUUUCGUUCGACCUUGCGAUGAACUUUACAUCCCGUGUUGAUCGCAUUUUCUCCUUUGGUGGAUCAUAUAGUCCCACAAACAUCAACGCUACAAUCGGGGACAGUCCAGUAUUCAGUGAAUACUUGGAGCGGGUUGCGGUCGAGUAUAAGCACAACACACCUUCGAAUACCCCAUUUGAGCAGGCAUCGAAGAAAUUAGACGAGAUGUGGGCAACCCAACCAGUAUGGGAUGCCCAGUCGUUUGCGAAAAUCCCAUCGCGAUACGAUGUCGAUGAAGCUCCCAUUAUCUGGAUCGUUGAUGGUGAUUCUGAAGAAGCUGUGACUCGUGAUACACCUGGAACACUACGCAGCUGGAUUUGGGGCUCUGACCUUGUUAUCCUGCCAGGGGUCAGCCAUUUUGCGACCCUGGUACUUUCAACGCUAUGCUGGACCGAUUCUUAA